CGUGCUGGCGUCCUCGUGAAAUACUGAAAUCAUGUUCCAAGGUGCACUGCUGAGUCGUUGCAUCAUCGGCUUUCUUUUUGCUUCGUCAUCAAAGCACUCAGUGCAAUGUUCAGAACCACCGAAGAUCAAGGAGUUUAAGUUUCCGGCUAACCUUUUUCCCGGUGACACGGUGGCCGUGAACUGCGUCGUGGAAAAGGGAAGCACGGGUCCCUUCGAACUGACCUGGCACAAGGACGGCCUGCCCGUGCGGCCCACGGCGACCCUGACGGUGGCAUCGCACAAGGGGGGACCGCUGUCGGCGCUCAGCAUAGUCGACCUGGCGGUCGAAGACAGCGGAAACUACAGCUGCGUCGCUCGGAACGAGGCCGGAAGCGACGAGUUCUCCGCUUACCUCGCCAUGAAAGGCCCGCCCAAGAUACGAGAAUUCAAAUUUCCCGCCAACCUUUCCCCGGGAGACACGGCUCUCGUGGGAUGCGUGAUCGCCAAAGGAAGCACCGGGCCUUUCGAGCUCUCCUGGCUGAAAGACGGCCGUCCGCUGUCCUCGUCCGGUUCGCCGCGGACAGCCGUUGCACCGAACAAGGGCGGCCCGGCGUCUACGCUCACGAUCGUGGACGUCUCGGCCCAGGACAGCGGGAACUACACCUGCGCGGCCCGCAACGCCGCCGGGAGCGACAGCUUCUCCGCAUUCUUAGCCGUUACAGCUGCUCCAGUCUGGUCCGCGGAACCGAGCGACGCCGAGGCCGUGCAGGGGAAGAACCUGUACCUGCCGUGCGGUGCGGUGGGAUACCCGAAGCCCAACGUCGUGUGGAAGAUCCAGCUAGGUAACCGCGAGUUCGUGCCCCUGCACCCGGUGGGUCGCCAGCGCAUCCUCGAGAACGGCACGCUGACGGUGGCGGCGGUGGAGACGCAGGACGCGGGCGUCUACCGCUGCGAAGUCGGCAACGGCAUCGAGCCGUCCCUCGGCAAGACGGUGACCGUCUCCGUGCACGUGCCACCCACCAUCGCCAAGGGCUCCAGCGAGGUGUCCGUGAAGCGCGGCGACAUCGCCAAGAUCGCCUGUGACGUCACCGGCGAGCUUCCCCUGGUGGUGACCUGGGAGAAGGACGACAGCCCGCUCAUACCUUCCACCGAAAGAUACGAGACACACGAAGAGGUGACCCCUACUGGCGUCCAGUCCGUAUUGGUCAUCCACAACACGGUCAAGAAAGACGCCUCGCAGUACGUGUGCAUUGCCAAGAACGACUACGGCAAGACCAGGGACGUCUUCAGGCUCGCCGUCCUGGAGCCCCCGGAGAGUCCGACCAACGUGGCGGUCACCGAGCGCGGCAGCCGCCACGUCCAGAUGAAGUGGUCGCAGUCGAGCAAGUCGGUGACCCGCUACCUCGUGCGCUACUGGAAGAAGUCCGGCAAGGGCAGCGUGCUGCAGGAGCGGGAAGUGGACGGGCUGCGGCCCAGCCUGACCGUGACCAAGCUGCACCCGGGCACCGAGUACACGGCCGUGGUGCUCGCCGAAAACUCGGUCGGCUUCGGCGAGCCCUCGGACCCGGUCCACUUCACCACCACCUCCGAAGAACCUGGCGCUCCGCCAAUGAACGUGAAGUGCGAGGCCAUUGACACUAAGACGAUCAAGGUCAUCUGGGAGGCACCACCGGCGGAUAAGCUGAACGGCGAGCUCCGCGGCUACUCGGUCAGCUACCGACUGGAAGGGACACCCUUCAGCCACGAGACAGUCAACCGGAACGCCAAACAGAAAGUGUUCACCGGCCUUCAGGCGGCCUCCGUGUACACCUUCUCGGUGAAGGCCUUCAACGACGUCGACUCCGGACCGGCUUCUGAGGAAGUCUCCUGCACCACCCUCAAUGGAGACCCACCAUUGGUACCGAGCCUGCGAGUGACUGGCAUAACUUCGUCAUCUGUCAGUCUCAACUGGAACACCCCGCCCAACGCGGCCUCGCCUGUCAUUCAGUACCUGGUGCAGUACGGCACGGACGAGGAGGACAAGGCGGACCUGCACAUUCCGGGCAACAAGGACACCGUGACGCUGCGGGACCUGCGCGCGGGAACGCGCUACAACUUUCGGCUGGCCGCGUACAACAUGUACGGCCGAGGGGACUUCUCGCACAACCUGCCCGCCGUCACCCACCUGUCGGACGGCCGGUCGCUGCAGGUGACGACAGAGAGUGAAGUGCCCUUCUACUACCGCACCUACUUCGUGGUGCCCGUGGCUGCCUCGUUCACCGUCAUCAUCACAGCCGUAGUCAUCGCCUGGGCCUGCCUCAAGAGGGCGACCAUCAUACAGAAGAACGCAUACCUGAAAGUGUACGGUUCUUCCGAAUACUAUGGCGACUGUAAGCUACCUCCAGGCACCCCUCUGGUGAGCCAGUACGCCCGCGGUUCGUACGCGCCCACCAUGGAGCACGGUCGCAACAGCCAAAACACGGAGGAGGCCUACGACAUCCCUUGGGACGGACCGCCCACACGCACUGGAAUGAUCAAUGACGGCAUCGGCAGUUACGCUAGGCUCAAGACGCAGGGAAAGCGCAACAUCGUGUAACCGCUCUGGGACCUCACCUAUAGCAGCUAUCGAAGCCGGCUGCGCACAGACCCGGCUUCCCUGGAGCACAGCAUCAAGUGACCACAGCGACUGAUUAUUCAGCACGUAUCGAUUUCGUACAGGCUUUGUCAAAAGCGCACGGGCUACAAUGCCUGCUAAUAUUGGGCUGACUGCAGCCUCUUUAAGGGAGUGCUUGUGCCAUGCCAUGAGUUCCGACGCCCUGGGGAAUCAAAGGAACUGUCGUCCUCAGCAUCCAGAGGAGGUAUGCAGUGUCAGGAGCGUCACGGAAAUUGCAGCACGCGGUCGAACGGCAUAUAUAUGGUUAACACGCGGAGGAGCCUUAUAUUUUUGACAAGGCCUGUACGCACUGUACAUGGAAGUACCUGGAUUGUCUGUGAAGCGCGAUUGUUCAUUUCUUCUGUUUGCUUUUUUUUCUGUAUAUUUAUUUCGUUUUUGUUUUUUUCUUAGUCGCUCGUACCUGUGUUCCGUUUGUAAGAUACUGCCGGAACGUCUGACCGACUACAAUCUAUUAGUGUUCUUCGGGUCUAACUGUCGUCAAAGCAGACGACUUGAGGAGUUCGCGCGCAUCCUCUGUUAUCGCACGUUUUCUGGUCAUAUCCUUACACGUUAGUAUUCAAAGUUUUGUGAUAGCUUUCCCGCGCAAUCCAGGUCCGCCCUGUACUACGAAAUUUCACAUAAGUGUUCUAUCGGCCUGAAAAGUACCAAGGUAAGUAUUUAACCAAACCCGGAUAAAUUGGGAAUGCACGGUUGUGUCAUAGCCUCCGAGAUCCAAAGCGCAUGCGUUGGUGUGUCAAGGAUCUCGGAGGGCAUGGUAGUGCCUUUGCUGGAAGCCAAGGCGUGCGCAAGAUAGCGCCACCAUGUCGUCAGGUGCUACCGCAACGUCUUGUAGAUAUUCUCCGUUUAGCCGGGUUCUAGCCACUACCGUCAAGCAAUAUUUCCUCUCUCGUCACAACCACGUGUCCCAUCGACUCGCUUUAGUCGCGAACACUGCUUUUAGAGCAACGACGCCUCCGCGAUUUCAGGGUACCAGUCAAUGAGAACUUUGUGAACACUUACUGUUUGGAUUUACUACACUCGCCAGCGUAGCUGGUCUACGUCUGGUAGUAGCAAAUGCUGCCUCGUUUUCGAGGUACAGCUGAAACGUGCGUGUUUCAGGCCUAACCUAACACGGAAUAAAACAAGUAUAGGGCUCAGCAGCCUUCAGAUUUCACGGGUGCAUUUCCCAAGUCAAGAGCGCAGCGGAACUGAGCGAGCCGUGUUGCAACGACGUGUGUGUUGUGUGUUGAAAAACCAAUCCCAAUCGUGCUAACUAACAUUACGAUAGUCAUGCGCAGUCACACAUUCACACUAAAUGAGAAAACCUUAGCACAUAUGCUUCAUGAGCAGCUAAGUGACAUUUGUGGCAUGUGUUUGUGAGUAUAUUGAUCGCGGAUGAUAGGGUAUGCGUGGCUCAGCGACUGAGCAUUUUGAGUGUAACUUGCAUGGAAUGUGCGAACGCAUUUCCUCCUAAUUUUUGCGUAUUGGAGAAAUGCGCGAAAAUAGGUUUUGGUACUAUUAGUCGCAAAACACCUGUGCUUUCUUAGCAGUCCUAACAAUUGUACGCUUACCUAUAUUCUAUUCAUAACCAUCGUGGUCUAGGAAACGGCGGCAGAACAUGUGUGCUGAGUGAUAAAAUGGGAAUGUGUCAUAGCGUCAUUAUAUGAAAAUUUUACAGGGCUUAUUAAAAACUCUGUAAUACCUAAAUCGAACAUGAUUACAACAGUCGCCUAGCACGGUGUUACGGGCGCCUCAUAUCGAUAGGGGUGGCUUACAAAAAACGUUCGCGGCUGAUAUCUACAUUCACUUAAAGAGCCCUAGAUAAAUGCGAUAAAUCUGACCAGAAAUCUCCAGUGAGAUCUUCAUUGCCCGCUAUGCUUUCUGUUGGGCCUGUAACGCCAAUGAAUAGUGAAUGGCGGAUUUUUGAUAAUUGAUAAACGAGAAUAUCAAUAUCUGGAUUAUUAAUGAGGCUUACGGGGUUUUCUUAAACGGAAAUUGUCGUGUCUGAAGGAUUUCCUGCUUAGAAUGCACAGUUGCGAAAGCAGUGUACAGAGCUUGAAACUAAAUAAUAACGCACCUGAGUGUUAUUGUUGACGGUUUUGAGGUCCGUACGUGCAGUGCGAUAUGACGGGACGACAAGAGCAUAUUCGUAUGUUUACUAUUAACGUUCCUAACCAUGCAGCUUUGCUUUAGCCUAUCUACUUAGCAUUCUAGGUGUACAGCAGUAUUUGUCAUACGCACGUACGUGUCUACGAUGAGCAGUGAAUCGUAGCUGCAGCUCAAUUUUAAGCAACAUAUUUCGUGUCACGUUAUGUGUCUAAGAUACCGCAAACCAGCGUGUACAUACCGCGUUAUGUGUUUUGGUCACAAACCCCCGUGCUAAAGCUGUCAGCGUGAUAAGCGCGACCAGACUGAACAUUGUCAUCUAAUUACGUCGACUGAUGUACGCAUUCGUAGACAUACUUGGAGAAUUUCAUUGGCAUGCUCUGAACGUAAUACCUUCUUUUCUUCUUCCACUGUUGUGUUCGCCCGCUUCGCCAUUUGCGUAGUUGCGAAGUCUCGUAAGCUUCACAAGUUGAAGCGUGCUGCGCCGUAUUCACGCAGUUUGUAAGAACCUGCCAUUUACGUUGAAAAACAUUGAAAUUACCUUCCUUCUGCUCCUUGAGCAUGCCUUUGGCAGCACGUUUUCUGAAAAUGCCGCGUGAACAGAAAUUACCGGCAUUCUUGUUUUAUCGCAGCCUCGAAACGACAGCCGGGUAAUAUCGUGAUCCAUUGGAUUGGAUUGGAUUGGAGACAACUUUAUUUAUGCCUGCAGAAAUGUCCGGCAAACCAAUCGUCUUUUCAUCGGGAACAGUGGCGACCACGAAUAACAUACAACUGAAAUAGUCGUUGCUACGAACAGCCAAGCGUAACGUACAAAAUCGAUAAAGCGUUGCUAAACAUUUCGAAGCGAAAAAAAAAAAAACUUUGUUCCUAACGUAAUUGUCGGGCGCAUUGGCAUCUUCGCCAUCAUGGCUAGACAAACAGCCGUUUUUUACGAGCCGCUCAAUCGUGCGGUCUGCUUUGUGAAUACUUCUCCCGAGCUGCAAUGUACGCUUGCUUUUAAACGACGACACAAAAGUGAUGUGUGUGGUCUUGCGCGAUUUCCUCGACGGUAAGCUUACACCGAGCAAUGUAGCAGCACGCAAUUUUGGAUGGAAUUUUUGUCAGUCACUGAAUCUCACGCAUUUCGAUGUCUGUGACGUGUUUGUGCAGCGAGUACGCUACGGUACUCGAUGGUGCGCGCCCAAAUCUGGCGUACUUAUGUUGUUGUUAAGUGUGUACAUACUGUAUGUAUUUUGUUACAGUUUUUGUUGUUUGUGAACAUGUGCCCGACGGACAAUAAAGGAAAUGUUCCCCUCUAUG